AUGCUCUUCCGUACUGCGGCCCGCCAGGCUGCGCCCCUGCGCCGGCAGGCAUUUGCCCCUCUGACCCGUCGCUCUGUCACCACCGAUGCCGCUUCGUCGCACGCCGAGAACAUCCCGCAGGAUGAUGACAAGCCGUUCACCGUCCGCCUCUCCGAUGAGAGCUUCGAGACCUACGAGCUCGACCCGCCUCCCUACACUCUGGAGACCACCAAGAAGGAGCUGAAGCAGAUGUACCACGAUAUGGUCUCGAUCAGACGUAUGGAGAUGGCCGCCGAUCGCCUCUACAAGGAGAAGAAGAUCCGUGGUUUCUGCCAUCUGUCGACCGGCCAGGAAGCCGUCGCUGUCGGUAUUGAGCACGCUAUUAAUCGUCAGGACAAGGUCAUCACCGCCUACCGCUGCCACGGUUACGCUCUGAUGCGCGGUGCCACCGUCAAGUCGAUCAUCGGUGAGCUGCUGGGUCGCCGUGAGGGUAUCGCCUACGGAAAGGGCGGUUCUAUGCACAUGUUCGCCGAGAACUUCUACGGUGGUAACGGUAUUGUCGGUGCCCAGGUUCCUGUCGGUGCUGGCCUGGCUUUCGCUCAGCAGUACAAUGAGCAGCCCAACACCUCCAUCAUUCUGUACGGUGAUGGUGCCUCCAACCAGGGCCAGGUCUUCGAGGCUUUCAACAUGGCUAAGCUGUGGAACCUGCCUGCCCUGUUCGGCUGCGAGAACAACAAGUAUGGCAUGGGUACCUCCGCCGCCCGCUCCUCCGCCCUGACCGAGUACUACAAGCGUGGCCAGUACAUUCCCGGUAUUAAGGUCAACGGCAUGGACGUCCUCGCCACUAAGGCCGCCGUCCAGUACGGCAAGAACUACGCCAUCUCUGGCAACGGUCCUCUCGUCUUUGAGUACGUGACCUACCGCUAUGGUGGUCACUCCAUGUCCGACCCCGGUACCACCUACCGCAGCCGUGAGGAGAUCCAGCGCAUGCGCUCCACCAACGACCCCAUCGCCGGUCUUAAGCAGAAGAUGCUCGAGUGGGGCGUCACCUCCGAGGAGGAGCUCAAGGCUAUUGACAAGGCUGCCCGCGCCAACGUCGACCAGGAGGUCGCUGAGGCCGAGAAGAUGGCCGCCCCUGACAACAACUCCCGCAUUCUGUUCGAGGACAUCUACGUCCGCGGCUCCGAGCCCCGCUGGAUGCGUGGCCGCACCGUCGACGAGACCUUCUACUACUAG